CAAUGCAAAACAGCUGUCUCAACCCCAUGACGAGUGCUCUGUCCACCCACCCAGUGAAGUAAAAAACACUCGUCUCUCGGAAUUCCACGGGCCACCUACUAAACGUGAAGUGAAUGCUCGGAACGCGGCGCUGGGCUUGAGAGCAAGCAGUAGCAGUGGAUAAAACUCCAGGUCUAAGAGGGGCCUCGAGUAUUAAAUAUCAGCAUAAAUAAUCACCUGUUUGAAUAAGUCCGCAUUUUGCUGUUUGCAACCCACAGCAUGUCAUUCAGCCCCGUUGCGCCGGACGCGGCGUUAUUAGCUCCUUUUAAGAGCCUCUCGAAUCGCCUCGCUGUCGUUCUCCUUGCGACUAUCGGCCUUGUCGCAACCCUCUGCCUCUUCCAUCGCGAGCAGCCGCCCUGUCCGUGCGAUAAUGACGUCAGCACAGGCGCCAGUGCUGCCGUCACCCUCGCCGCAGGCCCCGGCAACAAUUUCCCCGUUAGUGAACUCUCCGCUGCUAGAGUUAAGUGUCCCUCGGUCGGCGGCGCUGCUCCGAUUCGGCCUAUAGAAAACGGGGCGAAUCCUUCCAACGUGUACGCGCGGUUGCCGACUAGUCCUGCUGACACAUUUAAUCCGCUUCUCGCGGCGGCUGCUGCGGAAGAGAAGAAGCCGUUCAUCUACGUGUACGAUUUCGGCCCCAACUGUACGGAUGUCGUCUCAGGGAUGGACGUUCCGCCGUACGCGUUACAUUUCGACCUCGAACGGAAAUUGACGGAGCAGAUAUUGUCAGACGCCGGUGGGGUUCGAACCCGCGAUCCGAAACAGGCUCGUCUUUUCUUCGUGCCCUUCUAUUCGUCGCGGCUGCUACAGUACUAUCUGAGCGGUUCGAAAGGAGGUUCGGACAUGCGCGACGCGGUGGAAAAGGUUUCGACGAUCUGGACGGCCCUGAUGAACAGGGUCCGGCGCGAGCCGCACUUUUACCGAUCCAACGGCCGAGAUCAUUUCUCGAUAUUGUCGACGCGGAACGGCAGAUGCGACGCGCUGACUUACGUGAACCCCGGGGUGCUCGGCGAGAUGUUCUUCGUGACUUAUAACGGGGACACUCUCGUGCGGAGCGUGCACACGGGAUGGACUCCGGAUAUGCGGGUCUUGUCGUACAACUACGGCGCGCCUCUGAACGUCUCUAUUCCAGACAUUGCUUGCUACUCACCCGGCCGUGACGUGGUGGUGCCGCCGCUGCUGACUCAGCCACACGUCAUCCCUCCAUCAAACGCACGUGCUGCCGCCGCUGCUGCUGUUCCUGAUGCUUCUGGUACUGACGGUGCUGCAGGCGGUGCGGCUGCAGGGGAUGGCUCAGGUGCCCCGUCAGGUGUUUUAUCAGGUGCUGCUGCUGCUGCUGCUGCUGCUGACGCAUCCGCCUAUGGCGGUCGCGCCAUCCGCGUGCUGAUGGUAACGUCAGCUUCGAACUUUGCUGAGGCGCGCAGCAGCAGGGUGAAUGAGCGCAUGCACCACAACCGCGCCGUGGAGCGCUGGCUGCUAGAGCUCUAUGUGUCCAAUGCGUCAGCCAUUGACGGCUGGACGGUGGUGUUCAGAGGCGACAACGAGGAGGCAUGGGGGGUCAGGGGGGAUGUGGCUGAGAUCACUGCUGCUGGUGAUGCUGCUGGUGAUGCUGCUGCUGCUGCUGUCGGUGGCGCUGCUGCUGCAGCAGCUGCUGCUGCAGCAGCUGCUACUGGUGACAAUAGCGAGUGGAGCAACAGUGCCUUCUGUAUUGUCACUCCUGGUCGAGCUCAGUGGACGCCCCAUCUUACCAAGGCCAUUCUCUCAGGGUGCAUCCCAGUCACCUUUUACCGCGCCAACCAAAGCCCCUGGGGCGCGUCCCUCAACUACCCCGUCUUCUCUCUCAACAUCGACCCCGCUGCCCUCGACUCUCUGCCGCGGCGGAUCGCAGAGGCGUUCAGUCAACCGGGGCUCGUGGCCCGGCUGCAGCACAACCUGGCGCUCGUGCAGGCAAUGUUUCAGUGGCGCGACUCCCUAGAUCAGGGGGCUGGGGCAGUGCUGAUGAGCAAGCUGAGGAAGGUUGCAGCAGCAGCACAAUCACAGCCUCUGGACGAGCAGAUAGUGCUGCCACAGGCUGGUGCCUGAGCAGUGAUAGGACCAAAGCAGCACGACGAAAUUGUUUUUAGAGGCGCCUAAAGCGCAGCAGAGCAACCACAGCUUCUGGACGAGCGGAUAGUGCUGCUACAGGCUGGUGCCUGAGCAAUGAUACGUAGGACCAAAGCAGCACAGUGAAAUUGAUUUUUGAGGCGCCUAAAGUGCAGCAGCGCAACCACAGCUUCUGGACCUACAGAUAGUGCUGCCACAGGCAGGUGCCUGGUGUGAAACUAGCGAGAGAAAAGUUGACUAGAUAGUGGGGAGGGAAGAUACAAGUAGACUUAUCCCCUCUAAGGGCUGAUCUGAAUAGGCUAAAUAUACCAAGCAUAUCUACUCUAACUCGAUCUGUAUAUAAUGCAAUAUAUGUUUGUUGACACU